AUGUCAACUUCUGCAUCAAAACAGCUCAGAUCUCGUAGAAAAUCUUUAGCAGACUCAAUGCGAAGAAAAUCCUUAAAUGUUUCUGGAGGUAGUGUCGCUCCUGUUGGAGUUGGUAGUCAAAACGUGUCGACUCCAAGUCAAAGAACCUCAAUUAAACCUUUGGAAGUAGUCACCCCUGUUCAAAAGAUACCGGAUGAACAAAUGCAUAUUAAUUUUGAAGAAUGGAUGAAAAUGGCGACCGAUAACAAAAUUAAUGCUAACAAUAGUUGGAAGCUUGCAUUAAUUGAUUAUUUUCAUGAAAUAACAUUAUUGAAAGAAGGCGAUUCUAUAAAUUUUCAAAAGGCUUCAUGUACAUUGGAUGGAUGUGUAAAGGUUUACACUUCACGCGUUGAUUCUGUAGCAACAGAAACAGGAAAACUUUUAAGUGGAUUGUCAAAUAGCUCCAAAAAUAACGAUGAGAACGAUCGAGACGAUGAUGUUGAUCCCGAAAUGCGUACUCGCAAAAAAGAAUUCUCGGUUGAUCCACUUUUUAAAAAAACUUCUGCAGACUUUGAUGAAGGUGGCGCUCGAGGUUUGCUAUUAAACCACUUGUCAGUCGAUAGGGACUGCAAAAUCAUCUUCGAUGCUAGUGACGCCAUACCUGAUGAAAUCGGCAAUGAUAAGUUGACUACAGAAGAUUAUAUAACCAACCAAAAAUUGACAUACCAAACAUCGUUGGGUAAAGUUAUCGGAUUUUCAAAACUCCAACAAAUAUUCAACAAGGAGAUUUGUCCUUCAUUGAAGGAUUUUAAUUUUUCAGGAGAUAGCAAUCUAGGCUUUGAUUAUAAUGAUGAUGAUGAUGGAAUUGAUAGGGAUGAUGUUGAAUUUAAUAGAAAUGACGAUGAUGAAGGAGUUGAUAGAAACGACCAUGAAGGGUUAAAUAGAGAUUAUGAUGAUGAAGGUGUUGCUCCUGAACAUUGGAAGUUAAAAAGAACUAAUAAAAAGGAUAUUGAUGAGCGAAUCAUUUUUGCAUCUGGGAGAAGUACGAUAAAUGCGCCCAAGUUAGCUGAAGAAGUACCACAUGGUCACCUACUUCCCGACGAUAUGCAUUUUUUCGUCUAA